AUGUUCUUGGGCAUGAAGGUAACCAACGGUAUCUGCAUGGAUACGUGGACUGGGUUAGAGUGGAUUCCAAAAGUUAUGACCUCGGCAGUCAAUGUCGUAGUAUUUUGUUCUUUACUGAUGAUGGUUGCGCUGUACUCAAGAGUGGUGCACACCUUAUUAUGGUUCAAAAGCAACGAUGGAAAUCAAAUCAGUAAUCAAAAAAAAGGUGUGAUGAGGGUGCGGAAGCGACUCACCUUGCUGUUGGCGAUUGUUAGUGGAAUAUUGGCAAUCUGUUGGGGCACUAUCCAAGUGUUGUACAAUUUACUUCACUUUACGUCCUACGAAAUAAGCUCUGUCUUUGUGGUUAUUUCUAACACGAUGGUUAUGUUGAACUCCGCCGUCAAUCCUUUUGUUUACGCUCUCUCCAGCCCAAACUUCAGAGAGAAAAUGAAGGGAAUGAUAUGUACAUGUAAAACCGUGGUUCAUCUAACAGGGGAGGGUGAAAACAUCGAUUCCUUCACAACCCUACAGUCGGUGUUUUAA